UAAGCAGACAGUAUGCCAGAGCCAGCGAAGUCCGCCCCGAAAAAGGGAUCCAAGAAAGCCGUGACUAAGUCGGCUGGAAAAGGAGGUAAGAAGCGCAAGAGGACCAGGAAAGAAAGCUACGCCAUCUACAUCUACAAAGUCAUGAAGCAGGUCCAUCCCGACACCGGUAUUUCUUCCAAGGCUAUGGGUAUCAUGAACUCCUUCGUGAAUGAUAUUUUCGAGCGCAUUGCUGGAGAGUCUUCCCGUCUGGCUCACUACAACAAGCGUUCUACCAUUACCUCAAGAGAGAUUCAGACUGCAGUGCGUCUGCUUCUGCCUGGUGAGCUUGCAAAGCACGCCGUUUCCGAGGGAACGAAGGCCGUGACCAAGUACACCAGCUCCAAGUAAAACGAAUCUAACAAGUCUUAACCCAAAGGCUCUUUUAAGAGCCCCCCACGUUCUCUUUAAAAAGCAUUUCUC